AUGGUAAUUUUGCAAGUAAAACGUGGCGAUGAAUCGCUAUUUUUGUAUGAGACAAGCGUGGCCGAUAAGACAGAUGGGGUUAUCCGUGAUCUGGUGGCCAUAUACAAUGGACGUCUCAAGGUGCAGCGUGUCUGCAUGGAAAUGGAAGAGUUGGCCGAACAUGGGACUAUGUUGCCAAGCGAAAUGAUUGGCCUGAACGAUGAUCAAAUUGAGGAAUUGAAAUUGGUUGAUAUAUGGGCAGAUAAAUGCAUACCAUCAGGUGGCUUUCAAUUCAAUAAAGAUCCAAUGACACGACGCAAUGGUCAACAGCCCAAAGAGCAUAUGCAAAAGGUCUUAGAGAAUGCCAUGAACGAUGCCAAGGCCAUGAUAGAUAAGAAAAACGUCGGCCUUAAAAAACUCAUGACUUUAAAAAUAAUUGAAGAGGCCUUAAACAUUUUACGUGGCGCUGUUAUGAUUGUCUAUCCAAUGCAAUUGCCACCACAUGAUAGCAUACGCAUGGAAUUCACCAAUACGGAGGACUUAACCGGCACUCAGGCCUCCAAGGAGGUAUUGGAGCCAUCCAAGGCACAAUUAUGGUUCGCUGGUCGUCAGAUUUUGAAUGGCAAAACACUUUCCGAAUACUUGGGCACCAAUGAUAAGACCAAGGUGGUGGUUAAACUAAAUCAAUUGGGUGAAGGUCCACCGGGUCGUGAGGCAGUUAUAUCCGAACAAUUGCGUCAACAAAUGAUGGCCGAUGCCUAUCGUCGCCAGGAGGAGCUAAAGACUCUUAAAAUCAAAUCCUUGCGACUUAAAGAAUGA